AUGAGCGCCGGGUCUUCCGAAAGCCUGGCGCUUUCCAUCCCACCGUGCACCUUGAAUGGCACGGUGCGCACCAAUAAUGGCACGUGCGCCGACCCCACCGAUCCGCUCUUCCGGUCGUUUUCGUCCACAAUGGUGCUCUUGGUGCUUGUGACGAUGAUCGCUGGCACUGUCCUGGUCUCCCUUGUCACCUUCCACCUGCACAAGAGCAAGAUGAGGAAGCGCAAAAUGCAGAGAGCGCAGGAGGAGUACGAACGCGACAGCGGCCGCCCCAAAGCCGCGGCGAGAGGGAAGCCGGCGGUCAGGCCCUGCGUGAUGGAGAGACCUACAGCGGUGCAGAAAAGCGACCCGAAAGCGAACAAAGAAGCCACUGACAGUGCAGGCAUCCCGGAGAAAGAGUGCACGGAUGAUAAUACAAGACAUACUCGGAGCCAGACGCGCAGGGAUCACCUGUUGGAAUCCGUCGCGGUGUCUUGA